GGUUCUUCUAUCAUAAAGCUGUUGGGUGGACGGCAGGGAGUGUGUACUAUCACAACAUCAGCAAAGCCUCGGUUGAGGAAGUUAUUGCAUCAGAGCUGUUUUGUUGAAUGCUUGCUUAACAGUGACAGAAUCGUCUUCACGGACACGGCGGAGGCAUCAUGAAGAUAGCUUCCUUCAACAUUCAGAAAUUCGGGAAGAGGAAACUGUCAGAUCCAGCUGUUCUGUCGACUCUCGUUAAGAUAGUGUCGCGCUAUGACAUCGUCAUCAUCCUGGAGGUGGUGGAUGGAAGUGGGACAACUGUUGACACUUUUCUGAAGGAGCUAAAUAAGAACAACCCGAAGCGUCCUUUCAGCCUGAAGAUCAGCAAACGUCUGGGAAGAACCGUGUACAAGGAGCAGUAUGUCUUCCUUUACAGGGAAGAUGAGGCGAAAGUGACUGGAACAUACCAGUAUGAGGACAACCAGCCUGGAGAUGAAGAUGCCUUUGACAGAGAACCCUACAUUCUGCGCUUCUCCUGUCCUAACACAGUGAUGAAAGAUCUGGUCAUGAUUCCUGUCCACACAAAGCCGGAAGCCUCAGAGAAAGAGAUUGACGAGUUUUAUGACGUGACCCAGGUGGUAAAAGACAAAUGGAAAACAGAAAAUAUCAUGAUCUUGGGAGACUUCAAUGCCGACGGCAGUUACGUGUCCAAAAAAGAGAUGAAAGGAAUUCGCAUCUUCACCGACAAGAACUUCCACUGGCUGAUAUCUGACGAUGUGGACACCACGACACGCUUGAAGAAUGACAACACCUACGACAGGAUUGUGGUGUAUGGAAAGGCCUUGCUAGACGCUGUUGUGCCAAAUUCUGCCAAAGCGUUCAACUUCCAGCAGGAAUAUGGACUCACUGAAGCUGAUGCGCUUAAAGUGAGUGACCACUACCCCGUGGAGGUGGAACUGAAAAAAGGCAAGUCCUCUGGUCAAAGCUCAGGCAAACGCAACAAAUAGAAUACCAUGGGAAACGGAGGGAACACUUGCAUUGGAGCUGGACACUGAGGGGAAAACAGAAGCAGUUUCUGAAGAUGGAUGAAAUGUUUGAGCUUUAAAUACAACUUUUUAAUUGUAUUUUUUUAAUACAAGUGUACAUGUAUUCAAUUGUUCUACCUGUGCUGUUUGGAUAUGUUGCGAGUCGAUCCCAGACACAGUUGACAAAAUGUAAACACAGCAGUAAGUUACAAACCUUUAUUUCAGUUAUUUCAAUUUACAAGCGGGAGG